AUGAGCGAACAGAUGCAUAAGUAUCCAGAAUGCCGCUUGACUAAGAAGGGAAGAGAAUACAUUGGGAAAGUGAAUAAGACGGAAUCGGGAAAGGAGUGCCUGAGAUGGGACAAGAUGCCCUACGGAACACCGGAUGACUUCCUCACAAACUAUACGUAUUCUGCUCAUUUCAUCAACUUGGAUACCUGGUCGCACCAGAGCUACUGCCGGAACCCUUCCGGAAAGGAAAGGCCAUGGUGUUUCGUCAUGGACAAAGAUGUUCAAUGGGAAUAUUGUGAUAUCCCCAUGUGCACGGAUACAGUACUGCCUACACCUGUAUAA